AAAUGGACCACAUGCUACAGUCCCAGUCUGGUACGGUGCGUUGGUGGGAGCUUGUCUUCUGUUUCGUUACACUUCUCCCAACAUGUCCCUAGUUUAGCUUCAAUAUGAGAUUCGGUCCCUCGUACCGCUUCCCCUUGUGCCGGUCUGAGUUGAUUCUACUUUUCUUACUUGCCAUCGCGCUUGUGCUUAUCGUACAUCAAUAUUCUCGGGCAGUGUUCCAGCAGGUAUCGGUGUCUUCCCAGCCCCACUAUAAACGUCAACAAGCGCUUCAGCAUGUCGCCACGGCUCAGCACGCCCCACCAGGACACAUGGGAGAACCGGUAACGCUACCACAAGAGCAUGGAAACAUACCGGACAACGUGCAGGAACAGAUUGCACUCGGCUGGCAGCGGCAAGGUUACAAUCAGUUCGUUUCGGAUUUGAUCUCCGUGCGGCGGGAGCUGCCUGAUGUACGCGAUCCCUGGUGUCGCGAACGAAAGCGAUCAGCAUUGCCACCGGUCUCUAUUGUAAUUGUGUUUCACGACGAAGCUCUGUCGGUGCUGUUACGCACUGUCCAUUCCGUUUUGAACCGUACACCACCGGAACUGAUGCAGGAGAUCUUGCUGAUAGACGAUUGGUCCAGUUUGGUACAACUGAAAACAUUCCUGGACGACUACUUUCUGCCGUACAGUGACAAGGUGCGCAUUCUACGAACUCCAAAAAGGCUUGGACUGAUUACGGGAAGAAUUUUCGGCGCAAAGCGUGCAUCGGCCGACUACCUGCUCUUCCUCGAUGCGCACUGUGAGUGUCUCGAGGGCUGGCUAGAGCCUUUGCUGGAACUAGUGGCCAGCAAUCAGGACAGCCGGAAAGUGGUCGCAGUACCCACCAUCGAUUGGCUGAACGAAACCACAUUGGCGCUUCAGAUAGGUGCUUCCAGUGGACUGUACGGAGCGUUCGAUUGGAAUCUUAGCUUCCAGUGGCGACCACGGUACGAUCGACUUCAGGCCGCACAAGAGGACUUGCUCGAACCAUUCGACACACCAGUAAUGGCGGGUGGACUGUUCUGCAUUGAGAAGGCAUUUUUCGCCCAACUUGGCUGGUACGAUCCCGGGCUGCAGGUUUACGGUGGCGAAAACAUGGAACUAUCCUUCAAAGUGUGGAUGUGUGGUGGAGCGAUCCGAACGGUGCCCUGUUCGCAUGUCGCUCACAUCCAGAAGCGUAAUCAUCCUUACAUUGGGAGCUACACCAAGGAACGGGACCUAACGAUGAGGAACAGUCUACGAGUUGCUGAAGUGUGGAUGGAUGAGUAUGCUGAGUUUCUCUAUCGCUUACAUCCCGAUUAUCGAACUCUUCUAGCAUCGCGAACUUCCCACACGCCAUCAAGCGUAAAUCUCGACGCUCGUCGACAGCUUCGCAGCGAGUUGGGCUGUAAGUCUUUUCGCUGGUAUCUGCAGCACGUGUUUCCCGAGCAGGAUGAUCCAUCCGAGGCGCAGGCGGCGGGUUGGAUCCGGCAUGAACUCGAAGCGGGCCAACUCUGUCUCACCUGGCCGAUGCGUGAUCGUUCGUUAGCUUUGCUGCACUGCCAUGGGUUAGGGGGGCAACAGAUUUGGUUUCACCGCAAAACGGGAGAGAUCGCCAGAGAGGGACACUGUCUGGGUGUGGACAGUGGUAAUAAACCGCAUGAAGUGGAGGUGACGAUCGCACUCUGUAGCUCGGAGGGUAGCUCCGGCGCCUAUAGAUGGCUCUAUCGUCGACAGACGGGCCAGCUAGUGAAUGUUGCCAGCGGACUGUGUCUAGUGCCAGCGGAUAAUAAUUUUCGUGUGACGGUGGAACGGUGUGAGUUGGCUGAUCGAAAGAUCUUUACACAAUCCAAUCGGCAGCGGUGGACUUUUCAAAUUGAUGAUAUAUGAGAGGUGUGUGUUUUU